CAGGCAUUUGUGAAUCUGGUUCUUACGUUGUGUGAUGCGGGGGAUUCGGUUUUCAUGUUUUCUCCAUACUAUUUCAAUGCCUAUAUGUCCUUCCACAUGACAGGCAUCACUAAGAUAUUAGUGGGUCCUGGUGAUCAAAAGACUCUUUAUCCGGAUGCCGACUGGUUAGAAAAGACAUUGCUGGAAACUAAGCCUGUCCCAAAGGUUGUUACUGUUGUUAAUCCUGGCAACCCAUCUGGUACCUACAUUCCCGAGCCGCUACUUAAGAGGAUCUCAGACAUAUGCAAAAAUGCUGGUUGCUGGCUUGCUGUAGAUAAUACAUUCGAGUAUUUUAUGUAUGAUGAUCUAAAACACUCCUGCUUGGAAGGAAAUCACAUAGUCAACAUCUUUUCUUUCUCGAAAGCCUAUGGAAUGAUGGGAUGGCGAGUUGGAUAUAUUGCAUACCCCACAGAAGUGGAGGGCCUUUCGACUCAACUCCUCAAGGUUCAAGACAACAUACCAAUAUGCGAGCUUUGCUUCACAAUUGAUCUCGUGAAGAAUCGGGAAAUAGUUAUAGAAGCACUCUCACCAUUGGGCGAAGAUGCGGUACAGGGUGGAGAAGGCGCAAUCUACUUGUGGGCAACGCUACCGGAUGAAUACGCUGGUGAUGUCAAGGUUGUUCACUGGCUUGCUCACAGGCAUGGGGUGGUUGUGAUCCCAGGGAGUGCAUGCGGGUCACCGGGGGCAUUUGAGGAUUUCCUUUGGCGGGCUGAUGGAAAAUGA